AUGCAUUUAGGUCAUGGAGAUACAUUAGAACAAAGAAAAGGCGAAUUCAAAGAGACGCUGAAAUCAGCCGGUGACAAAGCGAUCAUAAUUGAUUUCUUCACAACCUGGUGUGGACCUUGUAAGGCCAUUGCUCCGAAAUUCGAGGCCAUGGCGAAGUCCCAUCCAAAAGCCAUUUGCAUCAAAGUCGAUAUAGACGAGAAUCAGGAAGUCGGAGAAGAGUACAACAUUCAAUCCAUCCCGACAUUUGUAGUUAUUCAAAAUGGAAAAGAAGUCGAAAGGCUGAACGGUGCGAAUGAAGCUGCCCUAUCGGGGUUGUUCGAGAAAUAUGGAAAAUGA